AUGGCAUCAACACAAGCGGCUGCCCCUGCGGCCACUGCAACAUCUGCUCCAGUCGCAGAGAGCAGACUCUCAUCUCAAGUUCAAAAUGGACAAGGUCGGCCAAAACGGCCUCACAAUGGCAACAACAACAACAACCGCAACGCCAAGCCAUGGAAGCAAAAGAAGACCAAGCGGGAAAAGAAUAUCAACGAGGGUUCAUCAGAGGACGUCCUUCGACAUGACAUUGAGGCACUACUGGCAUCAAAAGGAUACAAUCUAGAAUCUGAAGACUCAAACGACACAGCACAAGAAAGCGAAUCUUUACCUGAAGAAGGCACCGAGACAGAAGUUGAGGUGCUUGAGCUCUCCUCCACGGGCGACGGUCUUGCCAUGCGAUCCGGCUCAAACCAGGUCUAUAUUGUCCCAUUCACCGUGCCAGGAGAUAUUGCCAAAGUCAAGGUCUUCCGCCACAUUCGGCGAGAGCAUCAGACAGUGGCAGACUUCGUUUCCAUCAUCAAGCCUUCACCCUUGCGCGACGACGCUCGCAUUCAAUGCAAGUACUUUUCUUCCUGCGGUGGCUGCCAGUUUCAGAUGUUGGACUACUCAGAGCAGCUCAAGCUGAAAAAGAGGGUGCUUGACAAGGCGUACCGCAACUUUUCAAAUCUGCCGGCUGAACUCGUUCCUACCAUUCAGGAUACCAUAGGAAGUCCGCUGCAGUACGGCUACCGCACCAAGCUCACGCCACACUUUGACGGACCACCAGGUUUCAGGCCGAGCAAGAGAAAGGCCCCCAAGGUGUCGUUCGAGUCUUGUCCCGACAUAGGAUUCAUGCAAAAGGGCAAACGCAAGGUUCUCGACAUUGAAGACUGUCCUAUUGGAACCUCGGCAGUGAGAUUAGGCAUGGCUCGCGAACGGGAGCGCAUGCAAAAGGAGUUCCCAAAUUAUCACCGCGGUGCAACUAUCCUGCUCCGUGAAAACACUCGCCGGUAUGCCAAGAACCCCCAAGGCGAGGAGGAGCAAGCACCGCAGCAAGACCAGCUGCCUCCUCACACUGCUCGCACUGAAGGCGACAACUUCAUCGACAUCAAGUCCUGUGAGACAGACUCCAAAGCCACCACUACCGAAUAUAUCGACAACUACACCUUCACCAACCCCGCCGGCUCAUUCUUCCAAAACAACAACUCUAUCCUUCCCAAAUUCACCGCCUACGUCCGCGAGCGUAUCCUCCCGCCGCCAUCAAAUAGCCCUAUCAAGUACCUCAUCGACGCCUACUCCGGCUCCGGCCUCUUCACCAUCACCCUCUCUUCUGUGUUCCAGCACUCGACGGGCAUUGAUAUUGCCGCCGAUUCCAUCGCAUCAGCCCGCAAGAACGCUUCGCUCAACGGCCUCGGCGAGGAUCGAUGCAAAUUCAUCGCCGCCGACGCAAAUGAACUCUUUAAGAGUGUGUCCUAUCCCGCCGACGAGACGGUCGUCGUCUUGGAUCCCCCGCGAAAGGGCUGCGAUGCCGAUUUCCUAGGACAGUUGAGGAGAUUUGGACCAAAGAGAAUCUUGUACGUGAGCUGUAAUGUUCACACCCAAGCGCGAGAUGUAGGCGUCCUGGUUAGAGGGGAAGGUGAAGGUGCCCAGUAUGACAUUGAGAGCCUGGUGGGAUUCGAUUUCUUCCCACAAACGGGACAUGUUGAGGGGGUGGCAAUCUUGAAUAGAUGCGAAACAUCUGCCGUGGAAAAUAAUGGCGCGGAACAAGAUUCAUAG